CAACAAACGCCAAAUGCUAUACCUAAUAGGCCUCGGCCUCGGCGACGAGACAGACAUCACAGUCAAAGGGCUCUCCAUUGUGAAGAAAGCAGCGCGCGUCUACCUCGAAGCCUACACCAGCAUCCUGCUCGUGGAUAAGGCAGUCCUGGAGCAAUAUUAUGGCCGAGAAGUGAUCCUCGCGGAUCGCGAGAUGGUGGAGAGUGCUAGCGAUGAUAUUUUACACGAUGCGCAGAAUGUGGAUGUUGCGUUCUUGGUAGUUGGAGAUCCUUUUGGGGCAACGACGCACACUGACCUCGUCCUGCGAGCUCGCGCGCUCAAGAUCCCAAUAACCAGUAUCCCGAACGCCUCAAUCAUGUCCGCGAUCGGCGCCACUGGCCUGCAGCUCUAUAACUUCGGACAAACAGUUUCCAUGGUCUUCUUCACGGAAACCUGGAAACCCGCUUCCUUCUACAACCGCAUUCGAGAGAAUAGGGAGAUUGGACUGCAUACGCUGGUAUUACUAGAUAUCAAGGUUAAAGAGCAGAGCCUGGAGAAUAUGGCGCGGGGGAGGAAGAUCUAUGAGAGUCCGAGGUAUAUGACGGUGGGACAGUGUGCGAGCCAGAUGCUGGAGAUUGAGGAGAUGAAGAGCGGGGAGGGGACAGGAGGUGUAUAUGGGGAGGAGAGUUUGGCGGUGGGCGUGGCGAGGAUUGGAGGGAAGACGGAGAAGUUUGUUAGUGGGACGUUGAAGCAGCUUUGUCUUGCUGAUCAGGAGCUGGGUGGGCCGUUGCAUAGUUUGGUGUUGUUGGGAAGGAGGACGCAUGAGUUGGAGAGCGAGUAUGUAAGGGAAUUCGCUGUGGAUAAAGAGGGCUGGGAUAUGAUUUGGAAGAGGGAUUAUGAGGGGAGGCAAUGA